AUGCCCGUGUCCCUGCCGUUCUCCAAGGUCAUCUUCAUAUUCGAAGACGUGGACGCGUGCGGCGACGUCGUGGAGAAGCGCACCCCCAAGCCCGCCCCGCGGCCCCGCCCCGCGCCGCCCUGCGCCGCGGGCGCCGCCGCCACGACCACCACCACAGAGCUCACGCUGACGCACAGCGAGCCGCGGCGGCGCCACCACGGCGGCAAGGCGGCGGCGGCGCGGCGGAAUGGAGGCGGCGGCGGCGGCGCGGUCGUAGAGGUAGCGGACGCAGGGGGUGACGGCAAGGACCAAGGGGCGGCGUGCGGGCCUGCCCUGGAGUCCGAGGCAGUUAAGGAUGACGAGGCGUCGUCCUCGUCGUCAUCCUCAGGUUCGACGCCACGGGCGCAGGACUCUCUCCACUUUGUGCAGCGCCAGGCGUCGCUGGCGCUGCCCGCGGCGGCGGCCGCGCCGGGUGGCGGGGGAGAGGGCGAGGAGGAGGAGGAGGAGGAGCGCGCGGACGAGGAGGCCGCGCUCCGCGCGCGCCGCGCCGCCGGCGGCGCCGGCGCCGGCGCCCGCGCGCUGGGCCCGCUCGGGCCCGGCGGCUGGCACAAGCGGCCCGGCGGCGACGACGCGCUCAACCUGGCGGGCCUGCUGAACGUGCUGGACGGCGUGGUGGACACCCCCGGCCGCAUCGUGGUGCUGACCAGCAACCACCCAGAGAAGCUGGACCCGGCCCUCAUCCGCCCCGGCCGCGUGAACAAGAAGAUCUACAUGGGGCUCAUCUCCGCCCCCGCGGCGCGGGAGAUGCUCGCGCACUGGUUCGGCGCCGGCGCGCUGGCGGGCCCCGGGGCGGCGGCGCGGUUCGACGCGGUGUUUGUGGGCGGCGCGCUGUCGCCGGCGGCGCUCGAGUCGAUGUGUGCGGAGUAUGACGAGGUUGGGCAGCUGCUGGACGCCCUUGAGGCGCACCCCGCGCUCGCUGCGGCGCGCUCGGCGCGCAAGGGGCGCGCCGCGGCCGCUUGA